AUGGCCCGGAAUUGCAUUCUCGUCUUCACGGGCCACAGCCUGGGCGCCGCGCUGGCAAUCAUGGCUGCCACGAUGGCGGAGGCCGAGUCCUGGCCACGUGUACCGGACGCCGUAGUCGCCUUUGCUGCUCCGCGUGUGGGCGAUGAGGGUCUCAGCCAGUGGUGGGAGUCCAGGAACCUCUGUAAAAAGCUGCUUCGCGUGUCCGUUUACAACGAUGUGAUUACGUACAUGCCCUUCAUGGAGCCACUGCAGCUGAUGGACUCUCUGAACUAUUGUUUUCAAAACGUGAUGAGCUGUGUUGGGCAGUUGGCCAGUGGACCCAAAUCCUUGCACCCAAGCGAGAGGUGGACUCAUGUUUGCCCCUCCAGCGAGCUUUUCGUUCCUGGAGCCGUCAAAGGAGUGAAUGCAGAGAUGCAGGAUUUCUCUUUGUUGGGUGGAGCUCUGGCCCACUUCAUCGGAAACGCACUCUUCGGCUACUCUUUUGGGGUCCUGCCUCUGGGAUUGCAUACUGCCCUCUCCUCCCGACAAACCCCAUCUCUCCCGAACGAGCGCACUAUCUAA